AUGGCUGCUACCCUUCCUCCGUUUGCGCCGUUCCCAGAGGCAGCUUGGCGAGAUCAUCUCGCUCCAGAGGAAUGGGAAUCAUGUCUCUCGACAUGGUUGUUAUUGGCUGAGGCCUAUCUAUCACUCUCAGAGGCCGAAUUAUCUAGAAUAUCUUCCAAGGAUGAGUCUCUUACGCCCUACCUCGUCUCAUUCAUGAAAGAGACGGCAACCUCCGGCGUUGGUAUUCUCGGCACGUCUCCUUCGGCAUCGACACUCCUUCGCAAGUGUUUCUUGCUUACUUCUCGACUAUUGAGGCUCUCUUCUGCACCUUCUUCACUCCUUCAAUGGGAAUUCUUGUCCCAUUUCAGCCGAAUUUAUGGAAAGAAGAGAGCAUCACCAGUCCUGGCUGCCGUUUUUAAGAAAACGGGCGAGACGCCCGAAACAUCGUUACAUGCAUUGAAGAAGUAUCUUAUCAUUUCUUUGGACGACGGUAUCAAGGGUGACCUCAGGAUAACAGAAAUGCGUCUGAAAAGACUCAAUCACCUUAUCCACGUAUCUCCUGAUACCGCUUCCUUUUUCCUCGCGGGCAGCGACUUCCUGGACGGAUUGGUCAGUUGUUACAAAAUCAUGAAUCCACCCCUGAGAAAGACUAUCAUCACCACUGCAUACUUAUGCCUCAUUGGACUGACAGAAGGGUCUUCUCCGAUGUAUUCGAUGCUCACAGACCAGCUUUAUUCCCUGAAAACAGCUGCAGAUGCCCACAAGGCUGGACCCAUCAAUGCAAAUGACUCCAUGGUCGCUGAACUGGUCACUGUUACCCCAAUCCUGAAACAAGUUCAGCAUCGCCUUGAUGAGUCUGUGUCAACUGCAACCAGGAUGAAGUCAGUGAUCACGGCGCUGGAAGGAUUCCGCAAACCUGGUGGUAAGGUCAGACCCAAAAAGCUGGUCAAGCGCAAGAUCGACAAGGGCAAAGGGGUCGCGAAUGUGGAAGAUGAUGAUCAAGCUGGGGAUAUGCAUGUGCACAGAAUGAGCCAAAUUUCGCAGAUUCAAGACCUUUUUCCUGAUCUGGGCUCCGGAUUUAUCUCGUCACUACUAGAUGAAUAUGAAGACAGCACGGAACAAGUCAUAUCACAUUUGUUGGAAGAAUCCCACCCGCCGCACCUGGCUAAUGCAGAUCGUACCAAAGAGCUUUCGCAAGAUAAGCCCCGCAGAAGGAGAAGUAGCCUCGUGCCGCGCUCUACGCCACCGCAAGUUCCAGUUCGUCAUAACGUGUUUGACGAUGACGAGUUCGACAGACUAGAAGUUGAUGUCUCUAAUCUACACUUUGGGAAGCACAACCCGAAUAAAACCGCAGAUGAUAUCCUCAAGGAUAGAUCCACCGCACCAAACAAAGCAGCCAUUCUUUCAGCACUGUCCGCAUUUGACGCGGAUGACGACGAAAGAGACGAUACAUAUGAUGCCGCAGACUCCGGGUUCGCUGUCAAUGAUGCCCUAGCGGAUGACGCCGAUGACCAGAAACGAAAGGACAUUGCUGAAAAGACUCUCUUCAAAUCCUAUCAGACAGAUCCAAAACUGUUCAAUAGAGAUUCUGAUACCCGACGCGGAAACUACCGAAUGAAGUUAAAGCAGGAUACGGGCAUGACUGACGAGGCCAUCGAAGGCUGGGCACUGAUGUUGAGUCGAAAUCCUCAACAAAUAAAAUCUUUUGAGAUGAAGUACAGUGCUUUUGGUGGCAAUCAGCCACCACUCGCAUCAACUGCUUGGCGAGAAAGCCCGGCUGGCUCGGGGACAGAAGAUUCGGGCACGGAUGGAGGGGCCGCCAGAGGAGGUUUCCGCGGCCGAGGCAGGGGAAGAGGACGAGGUGGCGAUCGUGGAGGGAAUGUCGCUGGUCCCACCGGCGAAAAGGCGACAGAAAAUGCCCGUCGACACAAGGAAACAAACAAAGGGUCGAGGGCGAAUCACAACCGAAGAGACCAGAGGGCCCGGAAAAUGGGGCGAGGAGGUUUGCCUGGUUAA